UAUGCGGCCAUAAUUCUGUCACGUAGGCUGUGAAUCCCAUAGUCCGCCGUCCGUUUGUUUACGCGAAUGUCAAAAUUACGCGCCACACUGGGCAUAACUCGCCGCAAGCGCUAUUCGCGUAUUUUCAAGACCAGCACGCACGGUUCAAAUGCCUUCCGUGAGUUUUAAAGCUAUUGAAUCGUUUAGCUCAGAAGAUCCGAACUACCCCGCCUCGAAUCUUCUGAAGCCCGGCAACAAGAAAUGGAAGUGUCGGGCAGCGGGCGAACCGAACGCCUUCGUGGUGCUACGGCUCGAGGAACCGGCCCACAUCACCGGCAUUGACAUCGGGAACGAACAUUCCGCCCUGAUCGAGGUGCUGGUUGCCCGGAGCGGUCCAACCAAUCCGGCCUUCACGGAAAUUCUGCUUGCCACCAAGUUCAUGAACCCGGUGGACAGCCGCAACUCAACUGGCACGAACGGGGUGCAGUGUUUCGGCUCUUCCGCCCUCAUACCGUCGGUGGCAGGCGAGAAGUGGGAUUUGGUGAAGAUCAUCUGCACCCAACCGUUCAACUCGCGCGUCAAGUAUGGUCUUACGUUUGUCGCGCUGCAUACCACGGCCACCGGUGGCGGGGUGGACAAAAAGGAGAAAAAGAGUCUGGUGCCGGAAAAGUUCCAGCAGCAGAUCCGGCAGGAAGCGGACAAGUCCAAAGACAAGCCGCUGGGCGGGUUAAACUUGGGUCGGUUUAUGCUGCGCGAAGAGUCGCCGGAUUCGGACGAUGCCGGAAGCUCGAGCAUGUUUGCCCGCUGGAAGAACAAAACGGCGGCAACGAUCAGCUCAACCACUGCGGGUCCAUCCGUCAGUGCCUUGAUGCGCGAUGCCAGCCACACACCGAAGGUACUGCAAAAGAACAUUCCCACACCCGGGAGUGUACGCAGUGUGGCGCAAGCGAAACCAAAACCACAAACGUUCGCGGCGAGCGAUGAAGAGGAGGACGUGAAGAUAGUCCACACCAGCGUGAAGGUUAACCGUAACGAUGUAUCCGUGUUGUACGACGCAGAGGAUGAUAAGCCGACAAAGAAGGUGAAUGAAAGUGUAGCCACAUCGCAUGCCCGUAGCGAGGUGGGAAGACGUGAAUCGGCCCUCACACCGAAGGCCGAAUCGAAGAAACCAUCCAAACUGCACGAUACAUCUUCUUCCAAGUUUAAAGAAUUCCUAAACCUCGCCGGGUCGACGAAUGGCGAACCGAGGCGAAAUGACGAAAGGAAAAGUUUGACUGCAACAACCCCGGAAGCUAGAAAACCACUAACAAAUCAUGUACAUUCUGAGCAGAAGAAGAAGAACACACCGGUUAAACCACAGGACCAAUCCCGUCCAUCGUUGUCCAUCGAGAAGCAAAAGGUGCCGCCUGCGAAGCGAUUGUCCUCUCCGUCGAAAAGCCCGCCCAGCAACCAUCGUGACGCUUACCCUAAUUUGAAAAAACCGAGGCUAUCAAACGGCCCCGUGGAGGACAGUGAUACGGAGGUACAGAGGAAACCGGUACAGUACAAACCGUUUGGCAAGCUGCUGGAAAAUGUGGUUCUGGUUAUAAGUGGAAUACAGAAUCCCGAUCGUGCUGACAUUCGUAACCAAGCGCUGGCGAUGGGAGCUAAGUACAAGCCUGAUUGGGAUGCGUCCUGUACCCAUCUGAUCUGUGCGUACAAAAACACUCCAAAGUACAACCAGGUGCACGGGAAGGGAAAAAUCGUAAAGCAAGACUGGAUCAAAACAUGUUACACCAACCGGAAACGGCUUUCCUGGCGCAAGUUCGCCCUGGAUACGGCGGAAGCAAAUGCAUCCGAUUCGGAGGCUGAAAUUGUAGAUAUUGCGAACAAACCGGCGGACAAGGUGGAGGAGAACCAGCCCGACGACGUCACCGUAGUGGACACCGUACAGGAGGGGGCCGUAAUGCUGCACGAGUUGAGUGACACGGAUGAGGACGCUGUCUAUGGUCCAUCUGCACAGAAGGUGUACGAGAAGAGUACGGAAGAGGAAGGCGAUCGUGCAAACGAGGACAGUGGUGCAGCGGACGGUGGGUUGGAUUUCUUCAAGGGUAAAAAGUUUUACCUUCAUCCCGAGCUGCCGGCCGUGGAUAAUAUUAAGCUCGAACGGUACAUACAGACGUUCCGGGGAAGCGUUUGCACAGAGAUGACCAGGGCGGAUUAUGUGAUUGCUCGCAGUAAGCAUACCUUACCGUCGUCCAGCCGGGCAGAGCUGGUGAAACCGCUUUGGGUGUACGAGUGCAACGACAUGGAAUGUCUGAUACCGGUAAAUCGAUAUCGCAUUGUUUAGUGACCCCGCUCUCCCGGGCGCUGUGUAACAUGACCAUCCAUGCAAUGGGACGUGAAAUACAUAUGUUGUAGUAUUUAUUCCGAUCGAAAAAGACACUGAAUCGAAAUAACAGCGUUGAGUGUGUGUGUGUGUGUUGCCUCUAUAUCGAACGUACGCUAGCACACCGGACCACAAAAAAAAGAAGCCGCCCUUAAACGAUCAUUUCCAGCUCGCGCGCGUACAUGAUCGCCUGCUCGGCCAGCUCCUGCGACGGUAUCGGUUCCUUCGGUUUCGCCAGCUCGUUCACGAAGUGAUAGAACCCGUCCGGGCUCAACUUCCAGCCCUUCUUCUCGCCGAACUGCUUCACCUCCUCCUUGGACUUCAGGUUCAGCCGCUUGGCCGCCUCCUGGAGCGAGAUGCGCUCGUACGAGCUUUCCAGACAGGCACCGAUCUCGUUCCGCACCGUCUGCAGCAGGAUGUCGAUGAAGAAGUUGUAGCUUUCCGCCGGCACGUUACCCUUCGCCUGGAAGAUUUUGUUGUACCGUCCCUCCAUCAGAUACUGCUCCAGCGCGAGCGGGUGCCGGAUGAAUGCGUUCGUCUGGAUGAUGUCGGCGGGCAGCAGCUCCAGCUCGGUGUGAAACUCGGCCACCCGGUUCUGGGACAGCAGAAACAGCAAGUUCAAUCCCAGCAGCUGGUACUUGUUCUUGGACUCACCGAUCAGUGUGCUGGAAGCAGGUUGAGUUUACGGUAAGUGAUAUGAAUAAACGGAUGGGAUUUUCCCCCAGAUGGAUAGUUACUUGUAGUCGUAGUAGAACCAUUUCAGCUGCAGGAUGUAACGCUCGAAGGCCGGGAUGUUUUUGGUGGCGAUGCUGUACUCCACACCUAUCUCGAGGAUGUCACGUGCGAUCAGCAGCUCCUGCUGGUUGGCCUGUGCAUUUCCGGUCGGUAUGUAGGACAUGCCAGCCAGAGCCACCUGAAACAGCCAACGCAUACACAAUGCACAUUCAUAAACAAUCGUAAAAUGCAGAGCAUGAAGGGGUCUCCUUUCCACCGCCGUGCAGUCCCGCGACACUUACCUUUAGUUUGUCCAGAAUUGUGCCACAUAGUUUCAGAUUGAUCGGAGAUUUAGUCCACUCCGUCUUCAGCUGCUUGUACAGUGCGACCGUGCUUUCCAUUGUUGUUCGUUUGCGCGACGACGGGAACGUUUGUUGCAGUAGCAGGACGAAAUUGUGGCCGCUUUUCCUUCUUGUCGCGUUUCGUGGGAUUCCUCUCGGUCCGCGAGAAUGAUUGGUCGAAAUUUUGUGUCUGUCAUCGGGUGUCAAAGUUGACAGCAAGCGCCCACCGCCGCGUGAAGCACCGAACCGUGCGCUGUAAACGCACCGCGGUCGGGAAUUUUUGCCCAUUCCGCCAUUUUGGACGGGGCAGCUACGGCGUCACAAAGCUUGACAGCGUCACUUUCCGCUGUCUAUACCUUGUUGGACACACGCAACGUCGCGAAGAAGCUCGAACAAGAAAAAGUGUCAACUUUUGCAAAUUUCGAAGCGUUGGUUUUGUGCGUGAUGCGUCGUGCUGUUCGUUUUGUCUGUACGCUGGUGCGUGAAAAAUAGUUGCCG